AUGGAGAGAGGUGACGAAGAAGCGAUUGCUUCUGCAAAUAUCUGCGAAAAUACAAGCAAAAUCGAGCACAUGCAAAGUGAUGAAGCAGAAAACGCAGUUGAUUCUGGUCAAAAUGCUACUUCAACAGAUGAAAAAACUACAAUACAUAUUCUGAAAAAUUUGAGCAGCAAGGAGGAUCACAUCCAAAAUGAAAAGGAUGAUAAUGCAGUUGUUUCAGGACUUCAUACAAAUGCUACAGAAGAAAAUAUUUCAAGUAAAUGUUCUAAUGUUUUCAACAAGGAGGAUCACAUCCAAAAUGAAAAGGAUGAUAAUGUAGUUGUUUCAGGACUUCAUACAAAUGCUACAGAAGAAAAUAUUUCAAAAUCAGAGAAAACAGAGAAGGAUGUUGCUGAAACAAAACAAAAAACAGUCACAUUUGGAAGUCCAACUGUGAACGAAGAAAUUUUGAAAAACAUCGUUUUGGAAUGUGACAGUAUAAGGAAUGAGGAUAUAGAAGAAGAUAAUCCAAAUCCAGAAAAAGACGGUGAACAAGAGCCCGUGUUGCAAGAAACUUCGAUUGAUUCAACAAUUUCGAUUCAAAAGAGUGUUCCUGAAAACCCUACUGUUGAAGCUGAAAACACUAGAGUUCCUCAACCGAUAGAGAGGAUUAGACAUACCUUAAAAUUUACUCCUGAAGGGGUACAAAAAACUACUGAAGAAAUUCCAAUCAAGAGGAAAGAAAAAGAAAAGAUCGUACUGAGGCUUAAAAUUCCAAGAAAGGAAAAACUUAAUCCUAUGUAUGCUGCUUAUGUUCCAAAAGUGAAUGAAGCGGAAAAGUUGGACAUAUCGAAUGAGAUUAAAUAUUCUGAAAAGCUGGAAGAGAACACAAAAGAGCCUCAAAAGGUGGAUGUGCCUCAGACCACAUCAACAGAAAAACAAAAUGCAGAAACAGAGCCGGAGAAAACAGAGGAAAAGAAGGAAGAGAUAAAAGCUGAUACAUUGAAGUUGCCACCUGUUACAACUCAUUCAAAUGAGUUAGAACCAUCAUCUCUGGGAACAAAACCAAUAAUUGAAGAAAACGCAGAUGAUGAGUUAGAAAUUGCAAUACAAGUGGCCAUUGCCGAGUCGUUAAAAAACACUGAUUCAAAGGAUGGAUCCAAGAAAGAAAACGAGGAUGAAAAUUCACAAACAAAUGAACAGGAAGAAGUCCUUGUGGAAACUGAUAAUGAAGAAACAGAUGAUGAAAAAGCUGAUGAUGAUGAUGAUCAUAAGCAAAGGAAUGAAAACAAUGAGAGAGAAAAACCGAGAUCAGCUCCUAGGUGGGAGAAUGUAAAGAAAUCAACCCUUUGCCCAAUGGAAAAGAAGGAUUCUGGAGAAGAGGAACAUGAUGCGGAUGACAGCACUGAAGGUGAUGAGAAUGAAAACACUGACGGUGAUGAUGAUGAAAACACUGACGGUGAUGAGGAUGAAAACACUGAGAAUGAUGAGAAUAAAUCUGAAAACCUGAAGUCACCUGCUAGGUAUGUUGGAAAAAAAGUAGAAGAUGAGGUAGAAGAUCCAGUUGAACAGAACGAUGAAGAAACAGAUGAUGAUAUACUUCUAAGUCAAUUCAAGGUUGCAACCACCGAAGAAAAAAAAAAGGAGAAGGAUGCAACUAACAAAAACGAAGAGGAAAAGGAUGACAAAAAUGUUGCAAAAAAGGGAAAGGGAGUGGUACAGAAGAAGGCAGCCAAGGCCUUGGGAAGAAGAACACCAACCGAAGUAGCUUAA